GGGAGAACGCUUGCCAGGCGAAAAUCUACCACGGGCUGGAACACUGCUACCGAAACGGGAUAAUCCCUAACCACCCAGCUGGCACCACGAGGAAGUUGUUCGGCAACCCAGCGAUAAGAUGGUCGGCAUUCUCACUCGUACACCACGAUUCGGUAUUAAGAAAGAUAUGCGGUUGAUGAAAGGCGACGAAGCAGCGGGCACUGAAAUACAACACAAAAUGCGUGUUCCGGACAAAAUUUCCUACGACUCUGGUAUCUCGAGCGUCGUUUACGACGAAAACCCAAUUCCCAAGGAUACAAGCCAUGCAGUCUUCCAGUCUCCUGGCUACAGCCCCGAUCUUCUGAACAACACAGAUGUCAGGUGUUCUGCAUCUGCCACCGCCGUCUCUCAGGUGAACACCUAUGGCAUGACGGCUACUGCGAAGGCUCACGCACAAUCAACGAACGGUUUGACCUCUACUACUCCGCAUUCUCUUGUCCCGCCAUCGCCAAACCCGAAUGCGGCAUCGAAACGUCUGGAUUCCCAGAUCGCCAGCUUUCAAAAGCGCAUCUCGUCAUUGGAAUUCCGACAGAACCUAAUGGAAACCGGCAUAACUUUGUACAUUGCCUACCGCUUAUUUCGAUGGCUUUUUCGCGUUUUUGGACAGUGA